AUGGUUUUUAUCCUCCGUCUCCGAAGGAAUCUCUUGUCGGGCGGGGAACGCCGGCCUCCGCUCCAUCCGUACGGGAGCCCCCGGGGCUCCUCGGCCCCGAGGGCGGGGACGGACGGCAGGCUAGUCACCUUCUUCCCCAGCUGGCGAUGCUGCCGCGGGGGUGCCCCUUGGAAAAAUCUGGAGGAGGUUUCCACAGUUGGAAAACAGGAGCUGAUGGAUCAGCUGGUGCCCCUGGGUAACCAGGAGCCUUGGGGCAAAAGUCAAGACUUUGGGAUAAAACUGCUGGCGGGGGGGACGCCGCUGCCCGGGCCCCCCGGCCCACCCCGCCAGUCCCGGGCCAUGGAGCCGGCCCACCAGGACCCCAACGACCCCCGAGGGGACAGGCAAGAGGCAGGAGUGGCGUCCAGCCCCGGUCCCGUCAGCCGCCGUUCCGGCCGGAGUGGGGCAGGUCGAGCCCCCUGCUGCCUGUCCACCCUCCUCGGCGGCAACCAGGAGGCCGCCCUAGGGAAGGGACCGCCCAAACCCCCUCUGGAAGCCCCAACGGCCCGCAAAAAGACCCGCACCCUCUAUCGGGCAGACCAACUGGAGGAGCUGGAGAGGGUAUUCCAGGAAGAUCACUACCCAGACAGUGACAAGCGACGGGAGAUCGCCCUGUCCGUGGGGGUCACUCCGCAGCGCAUCAUGAUCUGGUUUCAGAACCGGAGAGCCAAGUGGCGGAAACUGGAGAAGCUGAAUGGGAAGGGGAAAAUGGCAGACGGUCCAGCCCCCGGUCCUGGCCUCAGGCACUGCGGCCCUGCCCCAGACCACCUGCCCUCACUGCCGAUCGAGCCACUGCUCAAUGGGUUUCCUCCUCACCCACUUCUGCCAGACUCUACAUCGCUGCUGGCCUGUGACCCCCAUACUCUAGGCCUCCCGCCGAGGUCAGGGGGAACCCGGAGGGUGGAGGUGAUGCCGUCACUUCCCAGCCCCCCGCCCAUUCGCAGGGCCAGCCUCCCGUUCCCCCUUGGCCCUUCCCGAAGCCCCCAUCUAGUGCCCCUGCUGCUGGACACCCCCACCAGUGGCUGCAGCCCCGAAGGGCCCUGGGGAAACAGCUUUGCUGCCUCCGCCUCCUGCUCUCACAUGGACCAGCUGGGCCCCGUACCCUGCUUGGAGCCUCAGGGCUACCGCCCUGGCAGGCAGCCUGGGCCCUUUCCGCUUUGCCACUACCCCCUGAACCAGCUCCACUCCUUCCCCCUGCCUCCCAGUGCCCAUCUGACCCCUCCACCGCCCGAGGCGGCUGCCGCCACCGCCUACUUUGCCUUUGCUUAUGGAGCUGCGGGAGCCCCCCGGGGUGGGUAUUUCCCCGGCCCUCAAGGAGGGCAAACCCUGCUGCCACUGCAGAGUGAAAACCCAGGUGCUGUCGCUGCCCUCCAGCCCAUCCCCUGGAGUGAUCCUUGCCUGCUGGGCCCCCCUUUCUCCAGCCAGCUGGGCCCAGGCCCCCAGGCCAGAGGGGACUGCUACCUCCUGGAGCCCGCUCCCUUGGCUGGUGCUGUUGCCGUCACGGCAAGUAGCCAGCUGGCCCCCGGCUUGGCCCCCUUCCCAGGGGGUCCCCUGCUCGGUGACAGUGAGAAGCAGCCAGGGUUCAGCCCCCCGAGGUUGCAGGGCCAGCCACCGCCCACGGCCGUGGAGAGCUGCGCCCCUUGCCCCAGUGGAGCCGCUUUUCCAGAGGAGACUGAGGAUUGAGACAGAGAAGAGAGGAGGGACCAGCCCUUGCUGAAACUCAGGGGGGAAGGGGCUUCUGGGUUGUACCCCUGCCCCACCGCUCCCCCCGUCUCCCUGCCUGCCAAGCUUCCCCGGGCUGGGCCUUGGGCCUUUCUGUUCACUUUCGCUUAUCAGUUGCCCAUAGUUGGGGCAGGGACUGUGUAAAACGGUUCUCUUCUUCUUGUUGGAGUGUCUUUCUGAGGCC